AUGGUCCAUCCAAAAGCUGAAAAGGCACUCCAGGAGGCCAGAAAGCUAGUUGCACAACUCGAAUCAUACGAGGAUGAUCCCAUUACUCACCAAAGUGUCCUCGACCAGACAGAGGCUGUCCGCUUAGCCAUCCAGUCUCCUAUGGACCGAAUGACACAUCUGAUGGAGCAAGUCAGCUUCGGUGGUGCCCUUCAUACCAUAAUUGGAAUUCGCGCUUACCACGCCAUGCCCGAGGAUGGCAGUUCUAUCACCGCACAAGAGUUGGGACGAAUCACGAAUGUGGCCACGACAGUGAUCGAGAGAGUUUAUCGGGUCGCCAUCAAUCAUGGCGUUUUUACCGAAACCGCGCCUGAUGCUUACUCUCAUAACGACCUAUCACGAAUUCUGAAUCCGAGAGGCUUGGGAUCUUUCUUUCUUAUUGUUAUGGAGUUUGGUCGUGCAUUCAUACACCUGGCCGACUACUGCAAAUCACACCAGCCAGAAGACGUCUUCAACUUGGUCAAGUCUCCUGCUGUGUACUCAGUCGGAAAAGAGCAUCUCGGUAAAUCCUACUAUGAACUGCUAGAUAUGGACCCUGACCCCGAGCGGCGCGAACUUUGGAAUGCCAAUAUGGUGGCUGUUGACGAGUUGAUGCCUGUUGUUGGCAUGUUCCCGUUCGCUUCUCUGAAAGAGGAAGUUGAACAGGAUCCCGGUCGGCCAUUCUUGGUCGAUAUCGGUGCGGGUCGUGGACAAUCGUGCAUUGCUAUUCGCAAGGAUAUCGGCGAUGCCUUUGACGCCAAGUAUAUUCUACAAGACCUCCCAGGCGUCAUUGAUACCAUGGACCCAAAGGAAUAUCCAGAUUUUGAGCUGAUGACUUAUGAUGCAUUUACACACCAGCCUGUCAAAAAUGCCCGUAUAUACUUCAUGCGCCGUUUUCUACAUGAUUUCUAUGCCCCAGUAUGCAUCGAAUUUGUUAAGAAUACCGCAUUAGCCAUGGGCCCUGACUCUCGUCUUAUCAUAUGCGACCAGUUGAUCCCUGACACAGUAAAGGAACAGGAGAAUGCUGAUCUCUAUUGGCUUGACUUUGCUCUUCUUUGCAUGUCGGGCCAGGAAAAGAAGAGAUCCGAGUUCGAAGAGAUUUUUGAGGCGGCCGGUCUCGAACUUGUCAAGAUUUAUCCUUCUGCUUACGGAUGUACAGCCAUGCUGGAGGCCAGACUCAAGAGAACAGGGUAUAGGUGA